GCUGCACUACGAAUACCACAUUGUCAACCACUGUUUCUGUUUCCCUCCGUAACCAUAAGCCGCGAUGAGGACUGCGCUUAUAGUAGGACUGCUGACACUGCUGGCUCUGGACGUCUGUCAAUCCAAAGCUGGUGGUGAGAAGCAAGGGGAUGGGUCCAGGACCGUUGGUGCCGACACGAAAAAACUUUUUGAUCAACGAGACCAGCCACUGCGGAGCUGCAACAGCAACAAGCGGACUGUAUUGAAUGCUUGUCCAGCAGACAGGUGUGGUACUUCUGGAAUGGGCACGUGCAAGACUGACUGCAAGGACGGGGAAUUCACUGCCGGAAACUGUGAAUCAUUUAAGUGCAAGUGCUGUGAACCUUGUGAUGCAGCUGGAAGCUGUGAUGAUGGCCGCUGUGUGAGUGACGCCAGACUCUGCACUCCAGACGAGUACAGUGACGGGGACUGUGGCUUCGGGAGCUGCUCCUGCUGUAAGACCUGCCAAGCAAGCGACGACUGUGCGGAGGCCGGAGGUCAGUGUAUCAAGGCUGAUGCUACGUGCGGUGCCGGCUUGUCGCCAAACCCUCGACUUGGCUGUAGCGAUGACAAGAACUGCCAAUGCUGUGCGCCAGCAGAUAGACCUGAACUUAGAGUAUGCGAAUCCACCAACGCCUGUGCUGGUGGCCUCAACCCGGGGAGAUGCGUUUUUGAAACAUAUUAUUGCAACGAUAUAAAUGAAUACCUAACAGAUGAUGCUUGUGGCUCCUGCACGUGUUGCAAGACCUGUAAGCCAGACUAUUGGUGUGCCCAUAAGAAAGGCAUAUGCGUCAACCCAACUCGGGGAGCUAUACGGACAAUCUCUCUUCACGAAAUAAACCCACAUACUAACGCAGUGGCCAUCCGUGACGCCCUGCACCUUCAUGCCAGUGUGUGGACCAAGGAGGUGUGGACAGUGUGGAGGCGCCCUCACGAGGUGGGCCUGCAGCACAGAGGAACGCCUCGCCUAGCAGCCUCGAGAUGGAAGGCUCCAGUUCGCCAGAGAUUACGCAAACGAAGGGAAUGA